CUUGCUUUGAAUUAACUACACAACAAGCAAUCAAGAAAUCAACGAAAGAGCAGCUAUUAUAUGAACGUGUGAUUUGUUCUGUACAAUAAAGUAUAUACAGUGCGCGCAAUGGAGAAAGCCAACCAAAUGAAUGUCCUCAAAUUUAUGGUCAUAGCUGGCGUGAUUGCAUCACAAAUACCAGUUGAAUGUCACCUAGAAAAUUCAUUUGAAAUCGAAAAAUUGGAUUGCACCUAUGAUGCAAGCUAUUUUAAUGAAGGCAGCGGAGAAUGUGCAUUGAAAGCGGUCGACGGUCGAAAUAAAUUUGUCAGUGGUCACGGUGAAUUAACAAAGUCUAUCGAUGAACUCAAGAUCAACGUUCAAGUGUAUUUUGGAGAUGAAAGUGCGUUGGCAGACGGCCAUUUUAAUUUAUUGUUCAACAUUUCGGAAAAUCUGUGCCAUUUGGCUGUUGAAGCAAAGACGUCUGGUGUUGCAUCGAUGGUUCGUCCUAUAUGGCAACAAUAUACAAACUUGCCGCUCGAAUGUCCAGUCGAAACAGGAACAUAUUAUUUGAACGACAUGGACUACAAUGAUUUAGCUGGACAAUUUAUACCGGUUACUGUUCCAAAUGGACAAUAUAAAAUCCACAUAAAAAUUCUUCAUAAAAAUGACACCGUAUUGAGUGAAUCAAUUUUGCUGGCAAUCACAGCAAAAAAAUCAACUUUAAAUUCAGAAUAAUUAUUUGACGUACAUAUAACGUUGAUUAUGGUCCUCGAAAAAAUCGCAAUCUCUUCAUGGAAUCAUAUAUACCGGCAUCGUGUUUUUCAUUUUGUUUUGUGACUGUGUGUGUAUUCAGAGUUCAAUUCAAUUCGUAACCACUUUACAUUUUAUUCAAUAACGAGUUGU